AUGGCCAUGUCCAGAUUUGUUGUCACGCUUGGUCUCUGCGUGAGCGCCAGUGCAAUAAAACUGUUCGAACCCGGAGACUUUAAUCCUGAAGAUGUCUGGGUUGGGAGCGCUUGUGAGAAGGUAUUGAGAACUGAAAUCGAUUGCGACAAAUACAUUUUCGAAUUCACCGUCCCGGAAUUUCGAGGCCAAUCAUCUAAAGAUCUAGAGAUGGCCGACACGAUCUGUAGCGACAGGUGCUCCGACUCGCUUCGCAACUGGUAUCCUAAGCUCGUCAAGGAAUGUGCUGAGGAAGAUUUCAUGUCCGACACUUACCCAACAAACUAUUGGCUAUACAUUGGUAAUAGCAUGUCGAGCGGCUGGAAUCAGACAUGUGCCAAGGAUCCGAAAACAGGUCGAUACUGUGGCGAAAUUAUCAACGAAUUCUCCAAAGUGGAAGAUGAUGAGGAAAUGCCCCUUGAAGAGCUCUGCCAUCCCUGUUACGUCAAGAUGAUUAAUAUGAGGUCAACUUCAUUUGCAUGGCCGUCACUGGAAGAUCCGGGAGGUAAGUGGUGGCCCAAGCAACUGGAGCUGGUCAAAGAGAAGUGCAGCGGCACGGAGUCAAAGAAAGAUGCCUCAUACCUCGACGAAAAAGAGUCAGCAGAGGAAGAAACGACCUCGGUUACUCCUCACAAGACUGCCAGCGCGGAUGGUUCAGGUGUAGGCCCUAUGCCGACAGCAAGUACUUCCUCAACCGAGGCUGCGGUGUCAGAAAGUGCUGCUCAGGGAGCAACACUGGAGAGACUAUGGCAAGCAAGCAUGUUUGCAGUUGCUGGUAUGCACUGCUUAUGCUCGGUAUGGGCGUGA